AUGGUGAGAGACGAUGGUCGGAGAAAGAUCAGACUUUACUGUCCCUCUGUAUCGAAGAUGAUUGAGUGGGCUGCUUGGAACGAUCAGAGACUUGACUUCGGGUCCAUAGCCGGAGCUUUCGGGCUCGAACCAUGGACGGUGAAGCUCAAUGGUCACUUCAUAAGCAGAGAUAUUGAUCUAAUGGCUUCUUGCGUGACUUGGCGGUCUUUGCUAGCUUUCUUCUCUGCUAAAGGCUUGUCUACUGGGAGAGACGAAGCAGACGCUCUCUUCGUCGAUGGCAAUCCCUCUAAAGUCGGCAAUAAAAGAACACACUAUGAUCCUCAGGAUGAGUUAAACUGCAACGAUCUUGGUCAUAUCAGAAACAAGAAGUUGAAAGAUAAGUGUUCAGGUAUGGGGAACUUUGUUGCUACACCCUGUGGAUGCAACAAGAGAACGCUAUUGUCUGAAGAUACUACUACGCACUUGCUCAAGAAACUAAAACUCAACAUUGAUGAUAGCUUUGGAAGACAAGGUGGUGUCAGCAAAACGCCAUUGAAAUGCAGUUUCAUUAGCGAUGGUCUAAAGAGGACAAGAGAAGAUGAUAUGAUUGCUUCUGCAUCUUGUAAGAAGAUAAGAUGA